GGGAGUGUCGCGAGUCUCUUUUCCAUGGCUCUGGGUUGCCCUAACCGGGAAGUUAAAACCUGUUUACUUACAAAUUCAAACUCAUGGCCAAUAAACGUCAAGCAUACUACCUGACGGAUAUCCAUUAGUCAACCAGUACCGUGUAGCCGCAUGGAGAUUCGUGAACUGCAGAAAACAGUUCAGGCUUGCUUACUUUACUAAGCAGACAUUUUCUAUGAUCCAAGCAUUAAACUUUCAAGCAUGGCCAUGUCGCAGUGUCUCGAGGAUUCACCGAGCUGGAGAAGGUCAGAGGUACGACAGGAUUCAAGCAUUAAAGAAUCAUAUAAUGAACGGCACCGACUUGCCCUGGAAACGCUGGUUUCCGAAGGAAUCGAGUCCUUCACAGACUUUCUCAGCAAGGAGAGAAUACCGAAUUUUCUAUCCGAUGACGAGAUCCGACGGAUCUCCCGUGCUGCGGUUGUACCGAGAUGCGUGUCCUUCGUUGGGGAGGAUUCCCAUUUAGACCAAUCCAGCACCUUGGACUGUUCGUCUGUCACGUAUUUCCCGGAGAUUUCCGACCUGGAGCCCCCUGUUUUAGAAAUCGGUUGGCCCGCUUUCACGACGGGGUCGUUCCGUGGCGUCACGCGCGCUGCAGCGUACUUCCAGCCCAGUUAUGGAGAAAGCAUCUACAGCUGUAAAGAAGCAGCAAGAAGGAUGAUCAAAAAUGCCAAGGAGGUGAUUGCCAUAGUAACAGAUUCGCUAACAGACUUGGACAUUUUCCAUGACCUGCUGGAGGCAUGCACCCAAAGUCGUGUCCCUGUGUACAUCCUACUAGAGCAGAAGUCUCUCCCAGCGUUCCUGCAGAUGUGCAAAAACCUUAAUGUGCGACUAGAUGACCUCCAGCAUAUGAGAGUGCGGACGCUAACAGGUUCAACUUACUACAUGCGUUCUGGUGCUCGUAUUACUGGGAAGGUUCAUGAACGAUUUAUGUUGAUUGAUGGGAACAGGGUGGCCACAGGCUCAUACAGGUUCAACUGGACUGAUGGUAAACUCAACAGUAGCAAUCUCAUUGAGCUAUCUGGCCAAAUCACUGAGAAGUUUGAUGAAGAGUUCCGCAUCCUCUAUGCUCAGUCUCUCCCACUCAACACAAGAGUUGCCUCUAGUGUUCAAAACAGUAGCAUCUAUGACUAUAGAUUACACAAGCACCCAGGAACUUCUACUUCCAUAGCAGCCAAUGUUUGUAAACCAAUGUUGCUGACCAGCACACCCAACAGAGCAAACACCAGACAAUCUGGGAAAGAAAGGGAGAUUGAGAGCAUUCCAGUACCUGGCACCUUAUCUCUUGAAGAGAAGCAGAUGGAGCAAGAUUUUGGACAUAAUCUGACUGCUGCUAAAGAGAAUCCUCUGAAUGCUGAAAACUUUGAUAUGUCUGCUAACACUGUAAACAUGGGCACUAAGACACAUCCAGCUGUUCUGUUCCACCACACCUCCACACAGACCAGCUGCCUGAAUUUAGAUGGCAUAAUGCAGAUAAAACUAAUUACCAAUCCACAGGAUUCUUGUGCCAUAGCACUAAGCUGCAGUGAUAAGACAAGCAACCCGAGCCAUUCAUCUGCCUCAACAACCACCACAGCCAAUGGUUGUUCUACUCAAGUAGAGGUGCAACACUGCCCAUACAUCCACCGCAGUAUUGUCCCUACAGGCAGUAACCUGAGGGAUUGUGUCUGCAAAUUGACCAAAGAACGCCAUUACCAUUUCUCCAUCAUUCGCUCUAAGCUGGACCACAUGAUGAUGAUGCUAUCCCAAAGGAGGGAGCUGGUGGAUCUUGCUGGUCAGCACAAGGGCUACAAAAUUCUGCCUUCUGCUUGACAGCUCCAUGGGGUGAAGGAAAGUGUGUUGGUCGGGACGUGGGCAAAGUCAAGAUGUCUGCAGUGAAAGGCGCAUUCUUGAUAUUGGGAAUGUUUGGCUCAGUGAACACGUUUUUUAAGCAGUCCAUACAGGAUUUCACAGAGGUUUUUUGUGAUUGUUAUGGCCAAAAAUGCUUGACUGAAGAACACCAAAGAACCAAAUAAUGCUGUGGCUUCUUUUCAAAAUUUGUUUUUUGUGCUUUUUUUUGUGUGGAAAACUACUUGAAUUGGACGAAAUUGUUUUGCAGUGAUGUUAAAUGAGACCUUCUAGCUGUACUCAUGUUCGACACAUGAAUCAAAGAAGGCUUUGUCUGAAUGUGCGUUGUGAUGACGUGACAUGAGGUGUCUUGGCCCAAAUCUGAGUAAAAUCUGCGGUAAUUUAGAAAAAUUGUAAGCUCCUCCACCUAUUGCGGAGUUUACUUGAUUUUGCGUUUAUUUCUGCGAUCAUCUGUUUAAGGGUUUUAGUAAAGAAUAUAUUUUAAUAACUUUAUAGGGGGUUGGACAAGCCAAAGCACAUUUUAAGACCAUGGGUAAAUAUUUUAUAGUGUGGUUACAUGCUCUAUAUUUUGAGGUCGCGUUUCAAUGUGGGAAGGUAAUGUUUAAAUAUCCUAACACUACUACAACUUGUGUUCAACCCCAAUUCCAAAAAGUUGGGACGCUGUGUAAAAUGUAAAUAAAAACCAAAUGCAAUGAUCUGCAAAUCUCAUAAACCCAUAUGUUAUUGAAAAUAGAACAUAGAAAACGUAUCAAAAGUUUAAACUGAGGAAAUGUACAAUUUUAAAGAAAAAAUAAGGCAAUUUUGACUUUGAUGACUCUUUUUGGAAUUGGGGUUGUAAUUAAAGACUUUCUUCUUGAUUAAAAAAAUUGUUUAAUAUUAGAUUUUGACACAUGACACUUAUUUACAUGCUAUUGAUUUUGACAGUGGUAUGAGAAAAGUCAUUAAUCAGUUUUUUUUCCUGCAGUUUUGUGUAAAUGGGUAAUGUGUGGAAAUUGUAAAGGGUUAGUCAUAUUUUUUUACAUUUUCAUUCUCUUUCAGUGCAACAUUACACACUUGGAUAGUUGUUUUUUUGUAACCUAGUUUUUCUUGAAAACAUUCUCUCCUUCUUUCUUUAUACACCAUUACAUUCCAAGCAUUUGCCUAGUUUAGCAGAGCACUUCUGACAUUUUGCCAACUUGUCUCAUGGUUUAUAUUUAAAUAGACAAACAAACUUUAAAUGUGUACAUACUGACCGGGCCAGACUUUGACAAAAAAUUCAGGCCAGUAGUCUCACAAAAAUAUUUCCUCAAUUAAAGAGGUGGUGUUGAGAGUAAAUGUUGACUGCUGUCUACUAGUUGUUAGAGUUUGUUCUCUUUUCCUUCUUAAUAAAGAUGCAAACAGACACAA